AUGGACGUUAACUCUCCGAAGAUAGCUGUUCUUGGAGCUGGCGUAGUUGGUUCCACUCUCGCUCAAAUCUUACAAAAAGAAUUAAGAAAUGCAGAUAUAUCUAUAAUAGCAGAUGUAUUCAAAGAAGAUACGACUAGCAGUGUCGCUGCAGGCCUUUUCAGACCAGGAACGAGUUUUAAGGGCCCUACAAAAGAAAUAACUAAGAAAUGGAUUGAUAAUUCCUGGCAUUAUUAUCAGGCUAUUAUAAAAACAUCGGAUGCACCAAACGCCGGCAUUAUGCCGGUAUCUACUUACAUAUUUUCAAAAGACAAUUAUCAUGUCACGAGAAAUCAUCUCAUCGAAGACCUUGUGCCGAUUUACAGAGCAGCCGAUAAAGAUGAGCUGAAAUUGUGUGGAGAGGGUUGGAAGUACGGUUCAUUUUUCUCAACCAUGAAAAUCGGAUGCGAUAAGUAUUUACCGUGGAUGGAAAAAUCGUUUAUCGAUAAUGGCGGUAAAAUUUUAAAAGAAAAAAUCGAGAAUUUCACAUCACUAUCUAAGUAUGAUGUAGUUUUUAAUUGUACUGGCUUGGGAGCAAAAUUUUUGUGUAAUGAUCAUGACUUAGUACCUAUGCGUGGUCAGGUUAUCAAAGUUAAAGCGCCUUGGUUGAAAAUGGCGUAUUAUGGAGAUUACGAUACUUAUAUAAUUCCUGGGUUGGAUGGUGUGGCAACGUUGGGUGGAGUGAGGCAAUACGACAGUUAUAAUAGAAACGUUUGCAAGUACGAUGCUGCAGCAAUUCUUGAACGUUGUUGUGAUCUUCUGCCUGCUUUGAAAAAGUCUGAGAUUGUGGCUCAUAGAGUAGGGCUUAGACCCCAUCGAGUACCUGUCAGGGUUGAGCCUGAGAUUAUUGACGGUGUAAAAGUAGUCCACUGUUAUGGACACGGGGGGUACGGUGUGAUGUGUGCUCCAGGUACUGCUCUAGAUGCUGUUAAAAUUGGCUUGGACUUAUUGAGAAAUAAUAUGAAGAGUAAAAUA